AUGAAUGAGAAUCAACAACAAACUGAAAUAAUACAGGAAAAUAAAGACUCGACAAUAACUUUAUCUGAAUGUUUAAUAAGACAUAAUGACAAACAAACAUUAGAUCAACUUUCAACAUUAGGUGAAAUUUCUAUGCGAUUGACAAAUUCAUAUAUAUUUGAAGAAACUAUUCGUCGAACAAUGUCAACUGAAGUAAAAUCGACUGUCGUUUCUCCUUCGUCGGUACCAUUACGAACUACAGUUUUUCAACUUGAACCACCAAUAUUCAAAAAUAAUAAUUAUAUUCUAUCUCAAUCAAAUAUCGAUGAUACACUCAAUGAUGAAGAUCAAUCAAAAAUAUUUCAAUACAGGAUGAACAAUUGUCAACAAAAUACAAAAAAUGAACGAAUAAAAUCAUCAAAAAAAUCUCGAAAUAUAGAACAUGAAAUAGAAGUUUUAAAAGAUAUUGAUCAACCACUAUUAAAUUCAUCGUUAGAAAUUUAUGAAUAUAAAAGUCCAUUUUCUAAAGAAUAUGAUCAAGCUAUUUCAAUUCAAGCACAAAUGCAAACAAAUAAUAAUAUGAAUGAAUGGAGUCUUAAAGAUUUUUAUCGUGAUGUUAAAACAAAUUUUGAACCAGAAACAAAUACAAAAGCAGUUUUUGAAAGAUGUCUCAAAUUAGCAAGAUUACAAGCUAUUACAGUUAAAUGGGAACAACGUCGUCGUCAUAAUGAAACUAUAUAUAAUCGUUCGAUAAAAUCUGCUGCAUUAGAUAUGUUAAAUACAAAUGGAAAUAUUUUAGCUAAAAUUAAUAAUAAUGACAAAGAUAUAAAUGAAUUGAAACGUGAAUUACGUUGCAGUGAAUGUAAACGUUUCGCAUGUGUUGGUAAUUGUACAAUUAGUCAAGAAUAUCCUCAAUAUAAACGUUUUAGUCCAGUUUUAUCGUUAUCAAAUACACGUGAACAAAUUCAUAGUAAAUUUAAUACGCGUUUACAACGAUCAACUAUUGAUUUACGUCCUCGUACAACACAACAUAUAAUACGUGAAACAAAAUUGAAAUCUGAACAAACAAAAUUAAAUCCUGUCGUUGUUGUACCUUUAUUUAAUGAUGAAUUACAAAUGAAACAUACACAAAAAAAGUUUACUAAUAGUUUUCUACCUGGAAAAUUAAUUCGUUCACAACGUCGAGAAACAGUAGCCAUUAUUUCAACAAAUAAAGUUUUAAGCUAA